AUGUCCGCUCCCUCGCUCCCACCGCAGAAGGAGGCUUUUGCGGGGUACGAAUCCUCGCCCGCGCUCGACCCAACUCCAGGAACUGCCCAGCUGAUCCGCGACGCAAUGGAUCUCUUUGGCGCCAAGCCUUCUCCUGCGAUCUUCACGCGCUGGUCGCCGAGCGCCGUGUUUGCGGAUCCGAUUUGCCACGCCGAGGGCCACCGCCAGUACCUCGCGCAGUGGUACGGCAUGCCCGCCGCAUUUGCGCAGAGCGAAACGCUCGAGUGGAAGCUGACCAAGCAGCACGAAGACACCGUCGAGUACGUCCAGAAGCAGCGCUACAAGGUCAAGGGCCUCGGCGUCACCAAGGACAUGAUUUCAACCGUGGUCAUGCAGCGCGAUCCAACCACCAACAAGAUCACCCGCUUCGAGGACCGCUGGAACCACAAACCCCUCGGCGGCUUCUUCAGCUGGCCCUUCAGGCGCCUCAAUGCGUUCACCUUGCCCUUGCUCGUAGGCGUGCCCAACGAGACCAAGCAGGCCGUCGCACCCGGCCGAGCUGGCUCGAAGGAUCUUUAG